AUGCCGCAACUGACUCCAGCUAACAGCCAGAAUCCCCAGAGGCCAGUGUUAUCCGAGGUUGCUGAGGUGCCUGCCCUCGGUUUUUUCAGCACAGGUUUUGAGAUUGAACAUACCCGGGACCUCUUCACUUGUACAGAGAUCACAAAUGCAACACGUAAAUCAACCAUCCUGACCAGAGAAGGUCUAUGGGCCGAUAGACAGAUCGUAGAGGCUUACCAGACCGAUGAUGUUGUGGGUUAUGUCACUACUGAUGGCAUUGUUGAUGAUAUAGAUUAUGUUACUAGUGAUGUCAUUAAUGAAAUAGAAAAUAUAAUGUAUUUAUUUAGGAUGGUUUUAAAGAUUGUUACUAUUGAUGCCAUUGAUCAUGUCAUAGGUGAUGUCACAGGUGAUAUCUUUCUAAAAGCAGAGGACAUCCAACUGAAAGAAAGGAAGGCACCUCAGAGACAAAACCUCAGACACUCAGUCAACUGUCCCUUACAGGACUUCUGGCUUCAUUACAUGUCCAUGAAAGUAACAUGUGCAAAAAUUUACCUAAAUCUCAGUAGCUCCUUUUCGGAAUAUCUUAACGACAUCCACAGCAGAAAGGAACACAGUUUGUUGGUGUCCCCUCUAGUGGUGGCCGGAAUAGUGAUAGGACUAGUUCUUUUCCUUUCCUGUGUAACCAUCAUCAUUGGAAGUCUACGGAAGGAUGGUUGUGGCCGAGAUUGGUACCUCGAGGGAGAACACAGCUAUGAUGGAAUUUCUUAUGCAGCAUCUGUCGGAGACCUGAGAUCUGUCUGUACCAGGGAGAUUUUGCCAGCCUUUCAAUUUGGAUCUUACCUGGAGCUUAAUGUGUCCUAUCCAGAUUCCCCACCAUGCUAUGAUGACUGUGUUGGACCAGGAGCUAUGGAAAUAUACCUUCCAUUAGAUGAUCCCCCACCAUACUCCCUGGAAGACCCACAAUUUGUACAAGAUGAAGACUACAACAUCAUAGGAAACAGAGAUUGGAACUCUCAAGAGAGCACAUGCCAUCUAAUUCCAUGCGUUCCUUUGCUAUGGGAUCCUAUUCAUGAAGCUCCACCCCCAUACCAAACCAGGAGUGCAUUGAGUGUGCACAUUCCUCUAAUACCAAUGGAUGUGUAG